AUGGGUUUGACAAAAUGUUGUAUUUUAAUUUUGUGUUUUGCGGGAGUCUUAUCCAAUUCUAUUAGUACAUCCAAUCGCGGUGAGAAUGAGACACAACCCUUCGUAGAGAUCGGUGGUAAACAUUACCUAAUAAAUACUACUUCUACGAUGAAGUGGUUCGAUGCGAUGCUUUACUGUCGCAACUUUGAUAGUGAUUUAGCUGUAAUUGAAUCGGAAGCUGAGAUGAAUGCAGUGAGUUCUUAUUUAACCACGAAUGGUUACAUUGGUAAACAGUUUUGGUUGGGUCUUACCGAUUUGUCCGCGGAGGGUAAAUUUAUGUCAAUCAAAGACGGACGCCCAAUGUCUUAUGCUAAAUGGUCAAGCGGUCAGCCAGAUAAUACUGCUAGAAUCGAGGAUUGUGUACAUCUUUGGCCAAUUAAUAAUAUAUUCUAUAUGAAUGAUAACAAUUGCAUGGUUAAGCUUUAUGCCAUCUGUGAGUUGCGUCAACCGAAGAAGAAUUGCCAUCUCCAGGAGGAUCUCCGAAAAAAGUUGUCAUACGGUGAGGAAAAUUUUCUGACACCUUCGGUCAUUGCCGGAUGA